AUGUCGCAUAAAACACUUACACUUGGAAAUUUAGACGAACCCAAUAUUGAUAUUUCGGAUGAUGAGGAAUAUGACGAACCCAAUAUUGAUAUUUUGGAUGAUGAUAAUUUGUUUGAGUCGGACGAGAAUAUAAAUUAUAGUUCUGAAGAGGAUGACAAUGAAGAAAACGAUGAAGUUGAUGAACACAAUUAUGAGGAGGAAGAUGAUAUACCUGCACCAACAACAAAAUCGUCGGAAGAACUAACUCCGUGCGUUGUCAUGAUAAAUCGCAAUGGCGUCAUAGAACGUUGCGGAGCAAAGAAUACUAGCAACCAAAAAAGGCUCUGGAAUCUCAUAGGCACAUGGGAAGUUGAUACGAAAACUGUCAAUGAAAUGAAAGAACGAACAGAUCGAUUAGGAGUAUGCACCACACAUUUCCAUUAUGAUCAAAAUAAUUUGCAUCCGAGGGGACUUAAACAAAUGAAAAGCUAUGAAACAGGUGUCAUUCGACACUUUCGCUGCACUUUAUGCAAGAAAUAUUUUCGUACAUUCUGUCGUAUUUAUGGAUGCGAUGUACAUUGUUGGUCGUUUGCAGGAAAGACAACGCAAAUCCCGUGCAUUGGUCAAUAUAAAUGUCCUAUGGUUAAAGCUUUUCCGCUGCUCAUUCAAAAAACGGAAAGUGCAAGGCAAAUGCAAUAUGUCUGUUGUGCCUGCUAUGCAUCUCAAGGAGGGCAUUUACAUGAUCAGAAAGCUAUGGGCGAUGAUGAUACUGAGUGCACACCAAAUAAACAUGCUAAAAAUGCAAGAAAAACUGUUAAAAUUCUUGGGGAGUUGAUGCUAAAUGCAGCUGAGACAAAAGAUGACGCAUUCAAUGAUAGACUCUCAAAACUUGCAGCACCAAUGCUAAAAGUUUUCCAGGAACCGUCAACAACAGAAAUAGAGCUACCAAGU